GGUCCGUGUCCCCCCCCGCCUCACCCCGCACCGCCCCCGCCAUGGAGAGCGGGAUGCUGCUGUCUGGCGGGCAGCGGGCGCUGAUCCGGGAGAGCUGGCAGCGGCUGAGCGGCAGCCCCGAGCAGCACGGCCUCGUCCUCUUCACCAGGUUGUUUGACUUGGACCCUGACCUGUUGCCCCUGUUCCAGUACAACUGCAAACAGUUUGCCAGCCCCCAGGAGUGCCUCUCCGCCCCUGAAUUCCUGGAUCACAUCAGGAAGGUGAUGCUGGUGAUCGAUGCCGCUGUGAGCCACCUGGAGAACUUGUCCUGCCUGGAAGAGUAUCUCUGCAACCUCGGCAAGAAGCACCAGGCAGUCGGUGUGAAGGUCGAGUCUUUCUCGACUGUGGGCGAGUCCUUGCUGUACAUGCUGGAGAAAUGCCUUGGCACUGCCUUCAGCCCAGAUGUGCGGGAGGCUUGGAGCAAACUCUACGGUGCUGUGGUGAAAGCCAUGCGACGCGGCUGGGAGACGCUCCCGGAAGGGGACUAGAUCCUGCCAGCCACCCCCAUCCCUGACCACGCAGCCGUCCUGGGCAGGGGAGCGCUCAGGCUGCGCUCUCUGCCUCUCUCCACCUCCGUCUCUCUCCGUGCACCAGCCCAUCGCUGCCUCCUCCAGUCACGCCUGCUUCGGGGCUCUCCCAGUGAUUCUGCCUUGCUUCCACACCACCACAUCUCUGCCUUUGCUAUGGGCUGGCAGGGUGCAUCUCUGCAGAGAAGCCUAGGAGUGCCACAGCACAGGUAUGCCGCCCUGCCCCACCUGCCUUUGGGCUAGCUGGAGCAUCACCACCCAUGUACCUUCUCUGGGUUUUAGCUGGCUUGUCUUCCUUCCUCUUGCCACCCUCCCCAGUUAGAUGACAGCUACCAUAGGCCUCUCAGGCUAAUUUGCCCAAGAUCCUAUUUGCCAUGCUCAAGACCUUCCAGGUCUGGCACCGCUCGCUCCUCCCGUGCUGCUGUGCCCGGUUCAGCUGUGGCAGUGGUGGAUUUGGAUCCCUCCAGGGGCAGGGGCAGCAGAUGUGGGAGCUGGCUGUGCUGUGUGGCCAUCCUCUCCAAACCUUCGGGGAGCUUUUCCCCCCUCUCCCUUCACCAACUUGUCACUAGCGGAUGGUUAAUCCUGCUGCUCUCUUCUGCCUUGCCUCACCCCUGGGUGGGAUCCAUGGCUUUUCCUUGUGUCAGGUUGGCCACAACUCAGUGUGUUUCCUGGGGAUGCUUUGAGCAGUCUGUUCAUGUUAAUCCUGAGGUAAGGCUGCUCCUAGCAGGUCUGGGCUGCCAGCUGAAAGGCUUUGUGUUGGUUUGGCUGGUUGGUUUAACCUCAGAGCCAGCUUGAGAUGCAGCAGCCAUGGUGGCUCUCCACUGCUUUGUGUUAAGGAGAAUCAAGUAAAUACAAAGAAAAGAUGUCUUAAAAUAAAAAUGAAGGUUGCAAUCGUGUCAUGGCAACAGCUUCCAGAAAUCAUUCUGGCUCUCGGCCAGAGGAAGCAUAGCUGGAAUUUCUCUGUUGAUGCUGUCAGGACCUGGAGCACUUCCCAGCUGCACACAGUGCCCAUCUGCAGAGCUCCCCACCCUUCAGUAGUCGCUCCCAGCCGUACUUGAGACACAGAUGCUUUGUAGCAGAGCGAGGUGUGUGCAGCAGUGCUGUGUCAGGACAGGAGGGAGAAGACAGUAUCUGCUGGAAGAAAUCCCAGGAAAUGGCUGAGAGGCAGUACCUGAGGGCUCUGGGGGGAAAUGAACUUGAGCACUUUGAGGAAGAGUUCAUCUUGGUGGGGAAGUCACUGUGGGACAGGCAGAGCCAUGUUUCCAACCAUCACUAGCCCCAGGGCAAGGACAUGGAGCAAGUUUUCAGUUACAGAGAGCUCCCUUUUUUGCUGCUCCUUCAGGACAGGCGGAGCCUGAUGUUGAGGGCUGAGAUGGUCCUAUUUUAGAAACACAUUCCUCCUGUACUCAGAGGUCCUCCACUCUGGGGCAGGAGAGGGCUGCCUGCUCCUUGCAGUUGAAGUCUCCCAGCCCCGUGCCAUGGAGGGGAUGAUGGGGUGCCCUGUGAGAUGGGGCUCUGCUUCCCUGCCAUCAGGCCUGGGGGUGGCCACAGGCUUCCAGCAAGCAAGGAGCCCUCCAGCUGUGUUUGGAAGGGGAGCUGAGGGGUGUUGUGGAAGAGGCAGUGGAUAUCCCCAUGUAGGAUGAUCACCAUCCUCCCCGUGGUACCAGGCUCCACUCCUGCAGUCCUACAGCGUGGUGGUGUGCAUCUUGGCCUGUGGCACUCUCCUUCAGCUGGGUCAGGUGAGGUCCUCCCUAUUCUUAUGCCAGACAGAGAGGGAUGGAGGAGCUGGGGCUGGAGGGAGGUCUUGGCUGUGAUGGGCUAGGUCCCCAUGGUACAAGGCAGGAGGGUUUGGGAAUGGGAACGUCCUCUUUGCAACCCUGUUCUGGGGUAUCAGCCUUCAGCAUCAUGGGGGGAGGGACCUUCUGGCUCUGUAUGACAAGUAGGCAGCUGUGUGAUGGGUGGGGUGUGGGUGUUACUUCCCCAAACCAUCCCUGCUCCCUCUAGCUUUCCCAGCUCCUUGACUUCUCCUCUUCUAUACCACGUUUUGUGUAACUCCCAACAGAACUGAACUAGUCCGUGUGCCUCUUAUACCCAGCUGUACUGUUCAAUAAAGAACAACAGUGAGUCUCGG